CAGUCAUGUAUCCGGUCGGCCUCCAACCCUUGGCCUCCGCCUUCCUCGCCUCGGGCUGGACGACGCAAGUCGCGAUAGCACUCCUCGGCGUCGUCCUCAUCCUCCACUUCACCUUCGCCCUCGCCAACGAAGAAGACGACGGCCCGACAUGGCUCCCGCAGCACUCGUUCCUCAACCUUAUCCCCUUCUACUCAAAGCGCCAUGAUUUCCUCCGCUGGGGCUUUUGGAUCACGGGCGAGCCGCUGUUUCGAUUCAACCUGCUCGGGCGCACGGUCGUCGCGGUGUCAGGCCAGGUCGGCAGACGGACGUUCUUCAACGCGAAGGGCUUGGACUUGCACGAAGGGUUUCAGUCGCUGAGCGGCGCAAUACCCAUCGUCAAGGGUGUCACCUCGGACCUGCACGCGCGUUCCAUCCAGCUGAUCAGCAGACGCCUCGGCUGCGUCCAGAAGGAAGAUCGUCUAAUUCAGCUGAUACCGCUGCUCUUGACCGAUUGCAAGCAGGUCUUCGAGAAUUGGGGCAAGGACGGCAUUUUGGAUCCAUUUGAACGCGUCUACGAACUCGUCUUCCAGACAAGCGUGCGAAGCCUCUCGUGUGCCGAGAUCGCAGACGACACCAGCAUCGUGCGCCGACUGAAGAGCCUCUACGACAUCCUCGAUCGUGGCAAUACCUCCGUCACGGUCCUCCUGCCGCUUCUCCCCAGCCCCGCGGCGAUGCGGAACUGGUGGGCCACGAAGCAGAUCCACGACAUCAUCCUCGGCGCGAUCAAUGCCCGCGCGAACAGCGGCAGUCCUCAGCACGACACUUUGCAGAUGCUGCUCGACGAAGGCGACGACAAGACGAUCAUCGUCGGUUUUAUGAUGGGUUUGAUCGUCGCCAGCGCCCGGUCGACCGGGACUACAGCGUCGUGGCUGCUGACCUUUCUCGGUUCUCAUCCCGAGUGGCGAAACGCGAUUAAGGCUGAAUUCCAAGAUCUGCUCGACUACCACGCCUCCCUCUCACCCUCUUCCUCGUCCGACGAAGUCCCGCUCUCGACGCGGCUGGCCGCGAUUCCAUUAGAAUCCUGGGAACGUUCUACGCCCGUCUUCGACCGCGUUCUACACGAGACGCUCCGCCUCGCGCAGCCCCACGUUGCGAUGCGGCGCAACGUCGGCCCCGAGUUUCACAUAGGCGAUAAGGCGAUUCCGACGGGAACCUACGUCGUGUACCCAUUCGCGGAUAUCCACCUGGACGACAAGCUCUACCCUGAUCCAUGGAAGUUCGACCCGUCCAGGCCGGAGCCCAAGGAAGCCUACUCGUACGCAGGAUGGGGAGCCGGCAAGAUCGUAUGUCAGGGCCAGCGCCUGGCGCGCCUCGAGCUCAAGCUCAUCACGGCGAUGAUGCUCCUCGGCUUCGAUUACUCGGUCACGGACAAAAUGGGGUCCCCCGCCCCUCCUCCGCGACCUAAUUGGAACGACACCCUCACCUGCCGGCCUCCAGGUGGCAGCUGCUGCUUCAAAUACACCCGGACGGAUCGUCCCUUGUAACUUAUCACGCAUGCCGCAUGCUUCCCCCCCUUUCGACGCCACAGUCGAUUUUUAUACGCACCGACGCUCAAGAACUUCCGUAACGCCCAAACCCCAUACAACCCGACCCUGUUUCCAUUAGACAUUCCUGGAGGAUCCGCGUACUGACACGCUGGGUCGCUCCACCUCCAUUGAUCUAGAAACGUCACUUAUCCUUAUUACUCCCUCGCAUCUGGUUCGAAGCAACGAAAUUCUCUCCACGCAAUCACCCC